GCAGAGGGGGGAGGGACAGAGAGUGUAGCAGCGGGGCAGUGUUCUCUUGAACCAGGAAGAAGGAAGUAAGCCGACUCCACCAACUUGGCACCAUGUCCUCCUCUUCCUCCCUCCUCCUCCUCCUCUUCCUCCUCUCUCUGAGCGGGGUGAAGCUGACCUCAGGGUUUAAGAUUUGUGCCUUUAACGUCCAAAGCUUCGGAGACUCCAAGUCACGCAACACUGAAGUCAUGCACACACUAAUACGGAUCGUGUCUCGUUGUGAUGUGUGCCUGCUACAGGAAGUGAGAGACACUAAACAGAAAGCUAUACCCCUGCUGAUAACUGAACUUAACAGGCAUAACAGCAAGAACCAGUAUGAUUAUGUGAUCAGUGAGCGGCUGGGCAGGACACCUAGCUACCAGGAGCAGUAUGUGUUUGUGUUCAGGAUCGGCUCUGUGACAGUAACAGAUCAGUACCAGUAUCUUGACAUGUUGCCGGGAAAUGAAGAUGCCUUCUCCAGAGAACCCUUCAUAGUCCGCCUUCACACCCGCAAGACAGCCAUACGGGACUUUGUGUUAGUACCCCAGCACACCACUCCCACCAACGCUACUAAAGAGAUCGAUGCCCUAUACGAUGUCUUCCUGGAUGUCAAGAAGAAAUGGAAGACAGAGGUAACA